AUGGAUACCAUGUUGGAAGCCAGACUCCAAACCCAGCAGAGGAACACCCAGAACAGCCAGGAGACCAGCUUGUGGUCCUCAGGCUUUGGGAUGAAGCUGGAGGCUAUUACCCCAUUCCUGGGGAAAUAUCGCCCCUUUGUGGGUCGCUGCUGCCAAACCUGCACUCCCAAGAGCUGGGAGUCCCUCUUCCACAGAAGCAUAAUGGAUCUAGGCUUCUGCAAUGUGGUCCUGGUGAAGGAGGAGAACACCAGGUUUCGGGGCUGGCUGGUUCGGAGGCUCUGCUAUUUCUUAUGGUCAUUGGAGCAGCGCAUACCACCCUGUCAGGAUGCCCCACAGAAGAUCAUGGAAAGCACUCGGGUGCAGAAUGUCAUCUCAGGGAGGGUCCCAGGAGGGACUGGGGAAGGGCAGGUACCAGGCCUUGUGAAGAAAGAGGUACAGCGCAUCUUGGGCCAUAUCCAGGCUCCAAUCCAUCCCUUCCUGCUCAGGCUGUUCAGCUGGGCACUGCUGCGGUUCCUGAACUGUGUCUUCCUGAACGUGCAGCUCCAUAAGGGCCAGAUGAAGAUGGUCCACAAGGCCGCGCAGGCAGGCUUGCCGCUUGUCCUCCUCUCUACCCACAAGUCACUCCUGGAUGGGAUCCUGCUGCCCUUUGUGCUGCUCUCCCAAGGCCUAGGUGUGCUCCGUGUGGCUUGGGACCCCCGCACCUGCUCCCCCACCCUCAGAGCUCUGCUAAAGAAGCUUGGGGGGCUUUUCUUGCCCCCAGAGGCCAACCUCACCCUGGACAGCCCUGAGGGGGUCCUUGCGAGGGCUGUGGUCCAUGCCGCUGUGGAGCAGCUGUUGGUCAGCAGGCAGCCCUUGCUCAUAUUCCUGGAGGAGCAUCCUGGGGCCAAGGGGCCUCGGCUGUCAGCCCUGGGCCAGACCUGGCUGGGACUGGUGGUACAGGCUGUCCAGGUGGGCGUCAUCCCAGAUGCCAUGCUAGUUCCAGUGGCUAUCACCUAUGACCUGGUUCCAGAUGCCCCCUGUGAUGUAUACCAUGCCUUGGCCCCAUUGGGGUUGUGGACAGGAGCACUGGCUGUCCUGCGGAGCCUUCGAGGCUGGGGCCACAGCCCCAGGGUCUGUGUCCGUGUGCACCUGGCCCAGCCCUUCUCCCUACAGGAAUACACCAUCAAUGCCAGAAGCUGCUGGGGCAGCAGGCAGACCCUGGAGCAGCUGCUGCAGCCCAUCGUGCUGGGCCAAUGUACUGUUGUCCCAGACACUGAGAAGGAGCAGGAGUGGACUCCAGCAACUGGGCCCCUUCUGGCAUUUAAGGAAGAGGACCAGCUCCUGGUCAGGAGGCUGAGUCGUCAUGUCCUGAAUGCCAGUGUGACCAGCUCGGCAGUGAUGAGCACAGCCAUCAUGGCGACACUGCUGCUCUUCAAGCAUCAGAAGCUCCUGGGGGAGUUCUCCUGGCUGACCGAGGAGACGCUACUGCGUGGCUUUGACGUGGGCUUCUCAGGGCAGUUGCGGUGCCUCGUGCGACACACGCUGAGCCUGCUACGGGCGCAUGUGGCCCUGCUGCGCGUCCAUCAGGGGGACUUACUGGUAGUUCCUCGGCCAGGCCCGGGUUUCACACACCUGGCACGCCUGAGCGCCGAGCUCCUACCUGCCUUCCUGAGUGAAGCUGUAGGUGCCUGCGCUGUUCGGGGUCUGCUGGCAGGCAGAAUGCCACCUGAGGGGCCCUGGGAGUUACAGGGCAUCGAGCUGCUGAGCCAGAACGAGCUGUACCGUCAGAUCCUGCUCCUGCUGCACCUGCUGCCCCAGGACCUGCUGCUGCUGCAGCCCUGCCAGUCUUCCUACUGCUACUGUCAGGAAGUGCUGGACCGUCUUAUCCAGUGUGGGCUCCUGGUUGCUGAGGAGACCCCAGGCUCCCGGCCAGCCUGUGACACAGGGCGGCAGCGUUUAAGUGCAAAGCUGCUGUGGAAACCGAGUGGGGACUUUACUGACAGUGACAGUGAUGACUUCGAGGAGGCUGAGGGCCGGUACUUCAGGCUCAGUCAGCAGUCACGCUGCCCUGACUUCUUCCUCUUCCUCUGCCGCCUGCUUAGCCCGCUGCUCAAGGCCUUUGCACAGGCUGCCACCUUCCUUCACCGGGGACAGUUGCCUGAUACGGAGUCCGGCUACACCGAGCAGCUCUUGCAGUUCUUGCAGGCCACUGCCCAUGAGGAAGGGUUCUUUGAGUGUGCAGACCAAAAUCUUGCCAUCAGUGCUAUCUGGACCUUCAGAGACCUGGGGGUGCUGCAGCAGACGCCCAGCCCUGCAGGCCCCAUGCUCUGCCUGUCCCCUACAUUCACCAGCCGGGAAAAUCAGGAAAAGCUGGAGCAGUUCAUCCGGCAGUUCAUUUGUAGCUAG